AUGAUUACCAAACCUCGUACCAUUGUGCUCGUCACCGGGGCCAAUCAAGGGAUUGGCUAUGCAGUGGCUCAAGGUCUUCUUGCUCACAAGAAUUGCUUUAUUCUACUUGGCUCUCGAGACACUUCCCGUGGUGCCAAAGCUGCAGCCAACCUCGAUCCUACUGGUGAAUUCGUUGAGUCCAUUACCAUCGACGUGGCAGACGAUGCAUCCAUCCAGCGAGCGGCCGACCUGGUUGAAUCUAAGUACGGCCGACUAGACGUUCUGAUCAAUAAUGCGGGCAUCAACAACGAGAUCGACGUUAUGAUCGAACAACACAAGAAGCAGCAGGAAGGAGGCGUGCCUUGUCCCGAGCCAGUUGAUCUGGCUCAGCAGCGCAAGCUCUUUCGCGACGUGUAUGAGGUCAAUCUCUUCGGCGCCGCAAUGGUCACAGAGGCAUUUACACCUCUCUUGGAGAAAUCAACGGAUUUUCCAGCUCGUAUCGUCUUCGUGUCCUCACACACGGGCUCAUUGGGCUUGCGAGCUGAUCCUUCGAGUGCGGAAUAUGCAAAGUGGUCUCAUCCUUCUUUCCCGGCUUACCGCAGUAGUAAGGCGGCUUUGAACAUGUUGACUUUGCAUUAUGCGGCCAAGUUUCAUGGAAAGGGGUGGAAGGUGAAUGGUUCAUGCCCGAAUUUGACUGAUACCAAUUUUACGCGAGGAUGGGUGAAAGGUAGACCAGCCACGGAGUCUGCGGCGAAUAUUGUGAGACUGGCGACUUUAUCAACUGACGGGGAGUCUGGAGUAUACUCGGAUGAGAAUGGUGUUGUGCCCUGGUAG